AUGGAUGAAAGUCAGGAUCAUUCAAAAACUAUUGUUCCAUAUGUUAUGUCUCAAGUUAGCCAACGAAGUAGUGUCAUUGAUGUGAAUGAAGGAUUGAUCAUGGGCCACAUAGAAGAAGUGUGUAAGGGCAAUUUAGGCAAUCUUGCAGAGGAACCAAUUUCUGAAGAUAUUGAUGGACAAAAAAGUGUAAGACUCGAUGAAUUUGAAGCAUUUACAGAUGAUUAUUCAACUUAUGCUGAAUUUGAUGCUGAGUACAGUGUACCAAAUGGUGAAGACAAUCAAGUAGAAAUGGAAAUUCUAGAGGGCAUGGUAAGUGAUGACAGUGGAGAUGCUUUCUAUAGUGAGAAUGAAGAUGGUUUUGAUUAUAAUGGAGAUGAUUCUGAUGAUAGUGACUACAUUGUACAUGAGUCUAACUUGCAAUUUGAUGUGGAUGUAGACAUGAGUGAAUUCCAAAGUGCUGUGGUUGUAGAUGAACAUGGAAUUUUAAACAAGCAAACCGAAAGAUUUAAUGAAGAUGAAAGGACAAAAAUGCUUAAGGAUUUGUGUAGGUCAACUCCAUGCUCACAUGGGGAGAUCCAUUUAAAACCAUAUAGGGUGGGGCAGUGUUUCAAAACAAAGAAGGAAGUUGUGGAGUACAUGCAUGCACAUGCUGUAAAUACAAGGAGGUCCCUAUACUUAGCAAAAAAUGAUAAAAUCAGGAUAAGGGUCAAAUGUGGAGGUGUUGUGGGCCAAUCUACUGAAACAGUUCAAUGUGGUGGGCCAUCAACAAGAAGUAAGGUAAAGUGCAAAGGACAAUCUACUGAAACAGUUCAAUGUGGUGGGCCAUCAACUAGAAGUAAGGUAAAGUGCAAGGGCAAAAAUGUGAUUAGUAAAAAAGGAAAAUGUCCUUGGGCAGUCCAAAUCUCGAGGCCAGAUGAGAAUACAGAUUGGUUGGUGAAAACAAGUAACCCUAAAAUUCCAAUCAAAGCUUUACACGAGGAGUUGUGUAAGAAGCUGGAGCUUGGUAUGCCAGUUCAAAAGGUUGGUAGGGCAAAGCAAAUGGUUGAAUGUGUGAUUAGUGGGGACUACCAACUUCAAUAUGGGUAUCUGAAGGAUUAUGCUUUGGAACUGCUAAACACAAAUCCUGGUUCAACUGUUCGGAUAGAUGUGUAUUCUGAACCAUCAUUGUCGACUACUACAAGAACUUUUAGAAGAAUAUAUGUAUGUCUAGGUGCAUUGAAGUUGGGAUUCAAAGCUGGGUUAAGGGAUUUCCUGGGAGUUGAUGGUACAUUCUUGAAAGGCUCAUAUCCUGGGCAGGUACUAACUGCUGUGGGUCUAGACUUAAAUAAUGGAAUAUACCCUGUAGCAUAUGCAGUGGUAGAGGCUGAGACAACUAGUUCUUGGACCUGGUUCAUGGAACUGUUAGGAGAAGACUUGGAAUUGGGAGCAAAUUCAAAUUUUACCUUCAUUUCUGAUAGACAAAAGGGGAUAAUACCAGCAGUUGCAAAGGUAUUUCCCAAUGCAGAACAUAGGUUUUGUUUGAGGCAUAUUCAGGAGAAUUUGAAGAAACAAUGGAAAGGAAAAGAGUUGAGUGACAUGGUUUGGGAAUGUGGUAGAGCAACAACAUUAAAUCACUUUAAAUAUGCAAUGGAUCAGUUGAAGAAAAUGAAUGAUGAAGCUCAUGCUUGGUUGUGUAAGAUUCCUGCAGAGACAUGGUCUAAAUCUCACUUCAGUGGUAGGGCACACACUGAUUGUUUGUUGAAUAAUCUUUGUGAGGUAUUCAAUGCUAAGAUAGAGGAAGGUAGGGAUAAACCAAUCAUCACCUGCUUAGAGUAUAUUAGAGAGUAUCUCAUGAAGAGAUUGUGUGUUGUGCAAAAGGAAAUAGAUAAGUGUCAAGGGGAACUAAGUACUACUGCAACUAUAAUUUUAGAGGAGAUUAAGACUCAAGCAGCAAAGUAUGUAGCUAAGUAUAAUGGGGCAGGAAAGUACCAAGUUGCAAGCACAUGGCAGGAUCAGCAUGAUGUUUCUACUAUAUGGAACAAAAUUGAAAAUGGAGAAGAUGCCCCUGAUGUUGAGGAUUGGGUCCAUCCUUGCUAUAAGUUAUCAACAUGGAGAGCCAUGUAUCUGAACAAAAUUGAUCCAAUAAAUGGUCGUUCAAUGUGGCCAAAAAGUGAUUGUCCAUUCACUUUAACUCCACCAAAACAUCACACACAGGUUGGGAGGCCAAAAAAGAAGAGAAAGAGAGGUGUUGAUGAGCCCAACAGCCAAACCACUAAAUUAAGCAGGAAAUUUAUUGCAGUCACUUCUUCAAAGUGUCAUAACAAGGGGCACAAUUCCAGAACAUGUAAAGGGCAGAGAGGCAUUAGUGAAGUUGGAUCAAAGGGGAAGACACAUGGAAAAGGGAAGACACAGGCAAAGGGUAAGACACAAGGAAAAGGAAAGGGUAAUUUAGGAAAUUCUGUUAAGUAG